GAAGAGGCGACGGGGCAACCAGUCAGCCACCUCUCCUCCUCGCCGCGGUUUCCAUGGCGGCCACGCUCCUCCGCCGGGCGCUUCACCUCCGCCGUACCCUCCCCUCCGCUUCCUCCCGCGCUCUACUCCCAGCCGCCGCCAACCGCCUCCUCUCCACCCACCAGAACAACACCGCCAUCCCCAUCGACCUCUCCUCCGAUGAGAGCCGCCGCCGCCUCGUCAACAGUUUGAUGUACAGGAGCAAGCAGAGAGGGUUUCUGGAGCUGGACCUGGUGCUCGGGACCUGGGUAGAGCAGCACAUCCGCUCCAUGGACGAGCCCAACAUCCGAUCCCUGCUCCAAGUCCUCGACAUCGAGAACCCAGAUUUGUGGAAAUGGCUUACUGGCCAAGAGAAAGCACCAGAGGAUGUCAAUUCUAAUCCUGUAUUUGUUGCUAUUAAGUCGAAGGUCACGGAUAACCUGAGCAAGCACUCUUCUCCAGAGACCCGAUCAGCACCUGGUCAACCAUGGGUGCGAGGGUGGGAUGACAAGAGGGGCCUGGCUGGACCGAAGUAUGGAAACCAGUGAUGGGGUGCUCAAAUGAACUGUGGCAAUUUUUAUCCUAAGUAAGAUUGUUUUGUUAUCCUCGUUUUGACGAUGCCUGUGUAAAUAAAGUUAAUCAUGGCUAGUGAUGCGCCAUCGUCGAAGGAUUCGGGAUAUUGGAUUGUUACUGGAUGUGUGCUAAUAAUGUUUUCAUUGUUGAAGAAAAGGCAUUUGUAGUGGUGAAGUGUAACCAAAUGGAUCUCAUUGUUCCAGUUCCUAGUUAAUUCUGGAUGCACAAA